AUGCUUCGAAAAAACUUCUUUCCUUCACAAUCUUUACAAUUAAACAUUAAGAAAAUGGAACAGUUUUGUAACAUACUUAAAUCAACUUUUACAUCUUUUUCAUCAUCCUCCUUUAAUCAACGUAAUUACCAUCAUAAUUCUCGACAAAUAUCAACUGCAAAUACUUCAUUUUCAAUUUUAAAAAAUGCAAAUAAAUCAUUAUCAAAUGAAACUAUUUCAAUAUCUGAUAUAUCAACCAAAAAUCCAUGUCUUGUUUGUCAAAAUCCAUGUUCAACUCAUCCAUCAUAUCCAUCAAAUUUAAAACUUGAUCAUACAUCUCCAUUAAAAGAUACAAUUCAACCUUACGUAAGGCAUGUAAUAAUUUCAACAGGUAAAUCUGAUUGGGAAAAAAUAAUUGAAUUAAAUCAAGGUAGCCUUGCUUCAGAAUUAUUUAAAUGUCAAUCUGAAGUAAUGAAUAAUAAUGAUUCAUUAACAAAAGAAAAUGAUUCUAAAAAAUUAAAAAAAGAAAAUAAAUUUAAAAAAGAUAGGACAAUGAUUACAAAUUGUAGUCGUUCAAAUACUCAAUUUUCUUUUUUUAAUUGGGGGAAUGAUGUACUUAUAUUCCCUGAUAAUUUAUUGAUACGUAAUGUAACAGUAAAACAUGCAAAAGAGUUUUAUAAUCAUUUUCUUUUAAAUCAGCAAUAUAAAUCUAUAGACAUUAAAAAUGAAAAUUAUAAUGUUGUGAAAUUUGAGAAAGAAGAAAUUCCAUAUAAAGCUGUAAUUUUGAUAUGUGGACAUAAACGAAGAGACAUUAGAUGUGGUGUAGCUGGUCCAUUGUUGAAGAAUGAAUUUGAUAAAGUUUUGAAAGAAUUGAAAUUGGAUUUAAGGUCAAAUGGAAAUAAUGGCGUAGCUGUUUACUUAUCAAGCCAUCAUUUUGCCGGGAACGUAAUCGUAUACCGUAAUAAUCAAGGAUUCUUUUACGGUCGUGUAACUCCAUGUCAUGUUAAAAUGAUAGUAGAAAAAACUGUAAUUGAAGGAAAAGUUAUUAAAGAAUUGUAUCGUGGAUCAAUGAAAGGAAGUUUCAUAAAUGAUGAAAUUGGAAAAUUAGAUUGGUAA